UCGCGCACCACGCACGGCGCGGUGCCGACUGUCGAGUAACCCCCCAUUCGCAUUCCCCAGCCCCACCGAUCGGAUCGGCAAAAUCCCCCACCAGAUCCCGGCGCCCCCACCACACAGCGCUCGCGCCUCCCUGCUUCCCAAUUCCCGUCUGCCCGGCCGCGGAGCGGAGCUGCUCCUGCCCCCCGUCGCCACGCCACGAUGGCGGAGUGCCGCAGCCUCAUCGAGUUCCUCCGCGCGUUCGAGCACCACCGCAGGGCGGCCGACAGCUCCGCCUCCGCGUGCUCCCGAUCCAGGCGGGCGUCCGCCGCCGGUGGCUCCUUCUGCGACAACACCCCGAUGGCCGUGAUCGACGCGGUCAUGCUCCUCGCCGUCGUCAUCGCGAUCGGCUUCCUCCUGAUCCCGUACCUCAAGCUGCUCCUCCUCGAGAUGGGCGCGAUGCUCCACCCCGCCGCGUCCUGCCUCCCGGCCGCCGCCUUCUUCGGGGCCGCGGUCGCCGUCGCCGCGGUGGUCGUCGCGUGGGAGCUGCUGGGCCACCACGCUCGCAAGUGCGGCAAGCCCAGGUGCAGGGGGCUCAAGAAGGCCGUCGAGUUCGACAUCCAGCUUGAGACUGAGGAGUGCGUGCGCGGCCGCCCCGGCCCCACGGCGCGAUCAGCGCUGCUUGCGGCGGCGGGGGCGCGUCCUGUGGAGCUAGGCGACGAGCAGCGGGAGUUGGAGGCUGAGCUGCGAAAGAUGGCGCCGCCCAACGGCCGUACCGUUCUCAUCUUCCGCGCCCCCUGCGGGUGCCCCAAGGGCCGCAUGGAGGUCUGGGGCGCCAAGAAGGUGCGCCGGAUCAAAAAGUAAAGCGGGGCAAGGAUCGGAUGGUUACUAGUUAGUGCAAUAGUACCAGUGCACUCUUGUUCCUUCCUCAAUCCUCAUAAGUAGCUCCUGCUAGAAAAAAAUUUAAAAAAAAUCCUCAGUUAGCAAUAAUAAGUAUAAGUAUAGGGUGAUUAAAUAAACGGAUCACAGAACCAGUUAUAUCACAGAUAGCUUAUAUAGACAAUCAUAUACUCCUUGUAUUAUGAAUCAUGGGGAAUUUCGACAGAAA